GGCGGCUGCCACGUGACCCUCCGGGCUUAAAGACCGGGGCGGACCGGAGCGACACCGACCCGCAGCUGCCACCCCAGCGCCUGAGCCGCCUCCCAGAGCCAGAGCCGGAGCCACCGCGAUGGAGACGAUGGAGCCGGGCAGGGCGCCCCAGGACCUGUCUGAGGCCAUCAAGGAGACCACCAGGGAUGUGCACACCCAGGCGGAGAACACUGAGUUCAUGCGGAACUUUCAGAAGGGCCAAGUGACCAGAGAAGGCUUCAAGCUGGUGAUGGCCUCGCUGUACCAUGUGUACGUGGCGCUGGAGGAGGAGAUUGAGCGCAUCAGGGACAGCCAGGUCUUUGCGCCUGUCUACUUCCCCGAAGAGCUGCACCGGCGCCUGGCGCUGGAGCAGGACAUGGCCUUCUGGUACGGGCCGCGCUGGCGCCACGCCAUCCCCUGCUCACCGGCCACGAGUCGCUACGUGCAGCGGAUCCAUGAGGUGGGGCGGAUGGAGCCUGAGCUGCUGGUGGCCCACACCUACACCCGCUACCUGGGUGACCUGUCGGGUGGCCAGGUGCUCAAGAGAAUCGCGCAGAAGGCCCUGGGGCUGCCCGGCUCUGGCGAGGGCCUGGCCUUCUUCACCUUCCCCGGCAUCCCCAACGCCACCAAGUUCAAGCAGCUGUACCGCGCCCGCAUGAACUCACUGGAGAUGACGCCCGAGGUGCGGCGCAGGGUGCUGCAGGAGGCCAAGGCCGCCUUCCUGCUGAACAUCCAGCUUUUUGAGGAGCUGCAGGGGCUGCUGACCCCUGAGCUCCAGGACCAGAGUCCUCCCCAGACCCUGGGGCUCCACCACCGGGCCAGCAGCCAGGUGCAAGACUCCAGCCCGGCCGAGGCGCCCCUGAGCAAGGCCCCGCUCCCCAGCCAUGUGCCGGCACCACUGCUGCCCUGGGUACUGACCCUCCUCAGCUUCCUGGUGGCCACGGUGGCAGUGGGCCUCUAUGCCUUGUGAGCGCCCAUGGGCUGUGGACUCCUCCUGCCUGGGGCGCGGUGUCCUGUGGGCCCUGGCCUCCUCCACGUGUCCCUCCUCCAGCAGCAGGCUGUGGCCUCUCCCCGUGCGGCCUCUCCCUGCUGGAGCGUGUCCGGCCGGCCGCGGGAACUGGACCUUCCCGACUCAGCGCCCGGAGGCUGCGGCUGGCGGGCCCUGCCCUGAGUCUGCGUUUGCUGUGCCCGAGCCCCCGCGGGCACGGCCGAUUUUGUGCCUGUCUUGUGUUUCCUCUGCCUUGCUGUCUUGCUCCUGUGAGAGCCGCCCCUCACUCCAGGCUCAGCCUGAGCCCGGAGCUGUUGUGUUCACUGUUUUUAUCACAGGGCUGGGUCUCUGGGGGGACCCCGGGUGGGGUGGGGUUCCCUGCACUGUGGCACUUCUGUGUGGAACAAUAAAGGGCUUCGUCUGACGGCA